UAAAUAAAUAAAAAAUGGGCAAUUGUGGUGGUUGUGAAGAUCAUUAAGAUUUCGAAUAUAAUACAGAAGCGCAAUUUCAGAAAAAAAUAAAAAUUUAGGAAGAUUUUAAUUUAGAAGACGAAUAUGAAAGUUGUUAAAAAGAGAACAAAAAUAAUUCAAAUAUGAAAAGUAAUCAUAAAAGUAGGUCAAACAAAUCAAUGGAGAAAAGCAAAAAAAGUGUAUUUAAUUAAAAUAAUAUGUCCCCAUAAAACAAUUAAAUAAAAACUAACAAAAAAAACACUUAUAACACCCACGAGAGCCUUAACUCAAUGCAUGAGAACUCUAAUUUUCCAGCUUAAAAUAUAAAUUCAUUGCCAAUAGAAGAACCAGCAGGCGAAUAGAAAUAAAAUAAUCACCAUAUUCCCCACCUUUUAAAAAAAAUAAGCGAAUUGCCUGAUUUUUCAAAUUUUUUUACGACUGAAGUAUAUUAAAAAUUAGGAGAAUUUGUUUAUGACCAAUAUGAAAACGAAGAAAGUUCUCUUCUGCCAUUUUUUGGACCUGUCUCGGUAGAAAAUAAUGCCUAUUAUAUAGGUUAGUGGAAAAAUAAAGAAAGAUCAGGGAAAGGAAAAUAAGUAUGGAGUGAUGGCUCAUAAUAUGAAGGGUAUUGGAAAAAUGAUAUGGCAAAUGGAAGAGGAAGGUUGAUUCAUGCAGAUGGUGAUGUUUUUGAAGGAUAAUGGGCUAAUGAUAAAGCACAUGGUAAAGGAGUUUAUAUACAUAGAGAUGGGGCUUCUUAUAAUGGUGAUUGGUGUGAGGAUAAAUAGCAUGGAUUUGGCAUUGAAAAAUGGGUAGAUGGGUCUAGUUAUGAAGGGUAUUAUUACAUGGGAAUGAAGCAUGGAGUCGGAACUUUUAGAUGGGCUGAUGAGUCCUUUUAUAGAGGAUAAUUUGCGAAUAAUAAUAUUAAUGGAAAAGGUAUGUAUUAAUGGGCUGAUGGAAGAGAAUAUGAAGGAUUCUGGAAAAAUAAUAGAAUGCAUGGAAAUGGAGUAUUUAAAUGGAAAGAUGGAAGACUUUAUAAAGGUUAAUAUAUUGAUGUUAAAAAGCAUGGAUAUGGAGAAUUUUUUUGGCCAGAUGGAAGAGUUUAUAAGGGAUAGUGGGAAAACGGGAAAUAACACGGAGGAGGAUUUUAUAAAGGAACUGAUGGAGUUGAAAGGGAAGGUGAGUGGAAAGAUGGGAAGAAAAUUAGGUGGAUAGACGAAUGA